GGGGAGGGGUGUGUUGUGCGCGCGCGCGCCCCCGCCCCCGCCCCCCGGCGCUGGCCGCCCUGCGAGUGUGUGAGCUCGCGCGCGCGUGUGUGAGUGUGUGCGGUGUGGGCGCGCGGGGAGCCCGGAGUCGGCGGCGGCGGCGGCGGGGCUGGAGGCGCCCGGAGCCCGCCUCGAGCCCGCCCGGGGCUGCGUCCUCUCUCCCUCCCGGAGCGCGCCGUGAUUGCCCCCCUUCUGCCUCCUCCCCCCAGGACGAGGAGGCGCCCCCUGCAGCCCCCCCGCAAGGAGCCGGAGCGGAGCCGGAGCGGCGAGGACCCCGAGCCCAGGAGCCCCGCGCGCAGCCCCGAGGCGGGCGGGCGGUCCGGCCAGCUUGGGGCCGGCGCUGUCCCCGCCGCCGCCGGCCGCCGGGGGAAGAGAUGGCGGCGGGGCCGGAGCCCGAGCCCGAGCGGGGCGCCCGGAGCCUCGUCCGCGCCGCCUCCUUGUGGCUCGGCUGCCUCCUGCUGCUGCUCGGGCGCCGGCACCCGGCCCUGGCCGCCGCCGCCGCCGCCGCCGCGUCCCCGGCCGGCAGAAGCAGUCCGCAGCCGCCGCCCCCAGGAGCCAUUGUGAGAACAUUUACUCCCUUUUAUUUUGUCGUGGAACCAGUGGAUACCCUUUCAGUUCGAGGAUCUUCUGUUAUUCUAAACUGUUCCGCAUACUCAGAGCCUUCCCCCAAAAUUGAAUGGAAAAAAGAUGGAACUUUUUUGAAUUUGGUGUCAGAUGACCGGCGUCAGCUACUGUCAGAUGGAUCUUUGUUAAUUAAUAGUGUGGUGCAUUCCAAACACAAUAAGCCCGAUGAAGGAUAUUAUCAAUGUGUGGCCACUGUGGAAAGCCUUGGAACCAUCGUAAGCAGGACAGCCAAGCUCACAAUUGCAGGUCUUCCCAGGUUUGCCAGUCAGCCAGAAUCCUCAUCAGUCUAUGCUGGAAACAGUGCAGUGCUCAGCUGUGAAGUCAAUACUGAUUUGGUCCCAUUUGUGAGGUGGGAGCAGGAUCGACAGCCACUUGUUUUGGACGACAGAGUCAUGAAACUCCCAAACGGAGCUCUGGUUAUCAGCAAUGUUACGGAAGGAGAUGGAGGGCUUUAUCGUUGCAUAAUUGAAAGUGGUGGACCGCCUAAGUACAGUGAGGAGGCUGAGCUGAAAGUGCUUCCAGAUCCUGAGAUUCCUUCCAGUUUGGUGUUUUUGAGCCAGCCUUCUCCACUAAUCAAAGUUAUUGGGCAAAGUGCAAUCUUGCCAUGUGUUGCAUCAGGAGUUCCUACACCUGUCAUCAGAUGGACAAAAAAUGACGAGAUCCUUAAUCCAGAAAGCUCUGAAAGGUUGAUGCUGCUGGCAGGAAGUAACUUGGAAGUCAGUGACCUCACAGAGGAAGAUGCUGGGACCUAUGCCUGCAUUGCUGAUAAUGGGAAUGAGACAAUUGAGGCUCAAGCAGACCUCACAGUUCAAGCUUCACCAGAAUUCCUGAAGAAGCCUGCUAAUAUAUAUGCACAUGAGUCUAUGGAUAUUGUGUUUGAAUGUGAAGUGACUGGGAAACCCACACCAACUGUAAAAUGGGUCAAGAAUGGUGACAUGGUCAUCCCAAGUGAUUACUUUAAGAUUGUCAAGGAACAUAAUCUUCAGGUUUUGGGUCUGGUGAAAUCAGAUGAAGGAUUUUAUCAGUGCAUUGCAGAGAAUGAUGUUGGAAAUUCACAGGCUGGAGCUCAGCUAAUAAUCCUUGACCAUGAUGUUGCCAUCCCAACAUUACCUCCCACUUCACUGACCAGUGCCACUACUGACCAUCUAGCACCAGCCACAGCGGGACCGCUACCUUCAGCCCCGAGGGACGUCGUGGCCUCACUCGUUUCUACUCGCUUCAUCAAACUGACUUGGCGAACGCCGGCCUCGGAUCCUCCUGGAGACAACCUCACCUACUCUGUGUUCUACACCAAGGAGGGGAUCAACCGUGAAAGGAUUGAAAAUACCAGCCAUCCAGGGGAAAUGCAGGUGACCAUUCAAAAUCUGAUGCCAGAGACAGUGUACAUCUUCAGAGUUGUGGCACACAACAGACAUGGUUCUGGAGAGCGGUCGCUUCCUCUACGAGUAGAGACUCAGCCUGAGGUUCAGCUCCCGGGCCCAGCACCUAACAUCCGAGCAUAUGCUAGCUCACCUACCUCAAUCACUGUCACAUGGGAAACACCUUUAUCUGGCAAUGGGGAAAUUCAGAAUUACAAGUUGUACUACAUGGAAAAGGGGACAGAUAAUGAGCAGGAUGUUGAUGUUGGAAGUCGCUCCUACACCAUUAAUGGAUUGAAAAAAUAUACAGAAUAUAGUUUCCGAGUAGUAGCCUAUAAUAAACAUGGUCCUGGAGUCUCCACACAAGAUGUUGUUGUUCGAACAUUAUCAGAUGUUCCCAGUGCUGCUCCUCAGAACCUGUCCUUAGAAGUGAGAAAUUCCAAGAGCAUUGUGAUUCACUGGCAGCCCCCUCCAGCAGGCGCACAGAAUGGGCAAAUUACUGGCUACAAGAUUCGCUACAGGAAAUCCUCUCGCAAAAGUGAUGUUACAGAGAGCGUUGGAGGAACACAGCUGUUCCAGUUAAUUGAGGGUCUUGAUCGGGGUACUGAGUAUAACUUCCGAGUGGCUGCACUUACAGUCAAUGGUACAGGACCUGCUACUGAUUGGAUGUCUGCAGAAACAUUUGAAAGUGAUCUAGAUGAAACGCGUGUCCCUGAGGUGCCCAGUUCUCUCCACGUCCGCCCGCUCAUCACUAGUAUCGUCGUGAGCUGGACUCCUCCAGAAAAUCAGAACAUUGUGGUCAGAGGCUACGCGAUCGGCUAUGGCUUGGGCAGCCCUCAUGCUCAGACCAUCAGAGUGGACUACAAGCAGCGUUACUACACGAUUGAGAACCUGGAUCCAAGCUCCCACUAUGUAAUUACCCUGAAAGCCUUUAAUAAUGUGGGUGAAGGCAUCCCACUGUAUGAGAGUGCAGUUACCAGACCCCAUACAGAUACUUCUGAGGUUGAUUUAUUUGUUGUUAAUGCUCCAUACACUCCAGUGCCAGAUCCCACCCCUAUGAUGCCACCGGUGGGAGUUCAGGCUUCCAUACUGAGCCAUGACACCAUAAGGAUUACGUGGGCGGACAACUCACUGCCAAAACACCAGAAGAUCACAGAUUCGCGGUACUACACAGUCCGAUGGAAAACCAAUAUCCCUGCUAACACCAAGUAUAAGACUGCAAACGCAACAACUUUGAGUUAUUUAGUGACUGGACUAAAACCAAACACGCUUUAUGAGUUCUCUGUAAUGGUGACUAAAGGUCGAAGAUCCAGCACAUGGAGUAUGACUGCUCAUGGAACCACCUUUGAACUUGUUCCUACUUCUCCACCCAAAGAUGUGACAGUAGUGAGUAAAGAAGGAAAACCUAGGACCAUAAUCGUGAACUGGCAGCCUCCUUCUGAAGCUAAUGGCAAAGUUACAGGCUAUAUCAUUUACUACAGUACAGAUGUGAAUGCAGAGAUUCACGACUGGGUUAUUGAACCAGUGGUGGGGAACAGACUAACUCACCAGAUCCAGGAGUUAACGCUUGACACACCAUACUACUUCAAAAUCCAAGCCCGCAACUCCAAGGGCAUGGGGCCAAUGUCUGAAGCUGUCCAGUUUCGAACACCUAAAGCGGAUUCUUCUGACAAAAUGCCUAAUGACCAAGCUUCAGGGUCUUCAGGAAAAGGAAGCAGGCCUCCAGACACAGGAUCUGAUUACAAGCCUCCGAUGAGUGGUAGUAACAGUCCUCAUGGAAGUCCCACCUCCCCUCUAGACAGUAACAUGCUCUUGGUCAUCAUAGUCUCCAUUGGUGUCCUCACCAUUGUGGUGGUGGUGAUCAUCGCUGUGUUCUGCACUCGUCGCACCACCUCGCACCAGAAAAAGAAACGAGCUGCCUGCAAAUCUGUGAAUGGCUCCCAUAAAUACAAAGGAAAUUCCAAAGACGUCAAACCUCCAGACCUUUGGAUCCAUCAUGAGAGGCUAGAGUUAAAGCCUAUUGAUAAGUCUCCAGACCCAAACCCAAUCAUGACUGACACCCCAAUUCCACGAAACUCCCAAGAUAUCACCCCUGUGGAUAAUUCCAUGGACAGCAAUAUCCAUCAAAGAAGAAAUUCAUACAGAGGGCAUGAAUCAGAAGAUAGUAUGUCUACACUGGCUGGAAGGCGAGGAAUGAGACCAAAAAUGAUGAUGCCUUUUGACUCUCAGCCACCCCAGCCCGUGAUUAGUGCCCAUCCCAUCCAUUCCCUCGAUAACCCUCACCAUCAUUUCCACUCCAGCAGCCUCGCCUCUCCGACCCGCAGCCAUCUCCACCUUCAGGGCAGCCCAUGGCCCAUUGGCACAUCCUUGUCCCAUUCAGACAGGGCUAAUUCUACAGAAUCAGUUCGGAAUACCCCCAGCACCGACACCUUACCUGCUUCCUCAUCUCAGACGUGCUGCACUGACCAUCCGGAUCCCGAGGGAGCCACCAGCUCUUCCUAUUUGUCCAGUGCCCAGGAAGAAGGCUCUGGCCCCACCCUUCCUACGGCCCAUGUCCGCCCCUCGCACCCGCUGAAGAGCUUCGCUGUGCCAGCAGUCCCAUCCCCAGGGCCCGCCACCUAUGACCCCGCCUUACCAAGCACACCUCUGCUGUCCCAGCAAGCUCCUAACCAUCACCUUCACUCAGUGAAGACAGCGUCGAUCGGGACGUUGGGGAGAAGCCGGCCUCCUAUGCCUGUGAUUGUUCCCAGUGCCCCUGAUGUGCAGGAGACCACCAGGAUGCUGGACGACUCAGAGAGUGGAGUCUCUGCUGCUCUCCUCCGGGCGUUCCUUAAGGCAAGAAUGUCAAAGCACAGGCCACUAAGGGUGCACCAUCUGGACUGUCUGGCAGAAAUAAAUGGCCCCAGGGGGCUGGGUAGUGCAGUGGGUAACGCCCUAGCCCUGGAGUUCAGAUCCAGCCUCAGAUACCUGACAUGUAUUAGCCCAGUGACCUGGGCAAGUCACUUAACCCUGAUUGCCUCACAUGAAAAUAAAAUAGGAUAAAUGACCCCAGAAUGGUUCUCAACCUUAGAGCUUUAGGGUUGUGAUUGCCAGUGGUUGUUGAAAAUCCACAGCAUGUGAGGAAACGCCAGUCGAUCCGUCAGUCAGCCAACAAGCAUUUACUGCAGCCCCUGCUGUGUGCCGGGCUCUGUUCCAGGGAGACAGCAAUGAAAUUGUCCCUGACUCCAAAGAACUUACGUUCUGUAGGGGAGAGUGUGAGUGUGUAGAAAUAAAUACGUGCACAGGGAAUACAAGGUGAUUUUGAGGAGGGGGAGACCUGGGAGCCAGGGGAGACCCUUGGACAGAGGUAGAGGUGAGAAAG